AUGAGCUACAUGAUUUCUGGCUCUGUAUGCGCCAUGUUACAGAGCCAGACCCCAGCGGUGAAGAAAAACCACGAUGUCCGACCACCAAGGGAGGAGGAGGGGGCGCGAGUCAGCGCACCCUCCUCUAGUUGGUCGGACGCACACGGUCCUUGGAAUCAGCCGCGCG